GUCACUUUAGUACAGUAAUGAUGUAAAAGCAACGUUUAGUUUACCCUCGCGUACGUAACACACGCAGUGAUCAGAGAUUAUCACAAAACAUGUGCCGACAUCAACUCUAGCUUUAAAUCUUCAGGGCGCGAAGUCGCUGGAAACGCUGAUUCCGGGUCGGAUAGGAUGGAAAAAGGCAAUGAUGUCAAGACGAACCCGGCAGCGUCGGCGAAUAUCCUGUCCAAGAUAUUUUUCUGGUGGCUGAAUCCUCUCUUCCGUAUUGGAUACAAGCGCAGGCUGGAGGAGGAUGAUAUGUACCCGGUGUUGGUGGAGGACAGCUCGGAGACAUUGGGCCAGGAGCUGCAGAGAUACUGGGAUCAUGAAGUCCAGGAGGCCACCAAACAAUUACGGAAGCCACAACUCAGUCAAGUCAUCAUUAGGUGUUACUGGAAGCCAUACGCAGUGCUGGGAAUCUUCACCCUAAUUGAGGAGGUGAUAAAAGUGAUCCAACCGGUCAUCCUCGGGAAGAUGAUCCACUACUUUGAGGAUUAUGACCCAAACGAUCAAACAGCCCUUAACAAUUCCCUCGGCUACGCAGCCGGGUUGUCGAUCUGCACCAUCGGCCUGGCGUUGCUGCACCACCUAUAUUUCUUCCACGUCCAGCGAGUGGGAAUGAAGAUCAGAGUGGCCAUGUGUCACAUGAUCUAUAAAAAAGCUUUGUGCCUCAGUAGUUCCGCCAUGGGAAAGACCACCACAGGCCAGAUUGUGAAUCUGCUCUCAAAUGACGUCAAUAAGUUUGAUGAGGUGACAAUCUUCUUACACUUCCUGUGGGUGGGGCCCCUGCAGGCAGCAGCGGUGGUGGGGCUUCUUUGGCAGGAGAUCGGGCCGUCGUGCCUGGCAGGCAUGGUGGUCCUCAUGUUCCUGAUGCCUAUGCAGACCUUGUUUGGCAGGCUCUUUUCCAAAUUCAGGAGUAAAACGGCCAUUCUAACUGACAGCAGGAUCCGAACAAUGAACGAGGUGGUGUCUGGGAUAAGGAUAAUAAAGAUGUAUGCCUGGGAGAAACCCUUUGCUGCUCUGGUGUCGGAUGUCAGAAGGAAGGAGAUCUCCCAGAUCAUGAUGAGCUCGUACUUGCGUGGCCUCAACAUGGCCUCCUUCUUCUGUGCCAGCAAGAUAAUUGUCUUCAUCACCUUCACCCUCUAUGUCCUGCUGGGGAACAAAAUCACAGCCAGUCGUGUCUUUGUGACCGUGUCCCUGUACACAGCAGUGCGUCUCACCGUCUCACUCUUCUUUCCCAAUGCCAUUGAGAAGCUCUUUGAGGGCCGUGUGAGCAUCCGCAGGAUCCAGGAGUUCUUGUUGCUGGAUGAGAUGACAAAGAUUAGCACUACUUUACCCAUGGCCGAGAAGAAAGAUUGCGCCAUUGAGAUCCAAGACCUGACAUGCUACUGGGAGAAGAGUCUGGAUGCUCCAUGUCUGCAAAAUGUCUCACUCACACUGACUGAAAAUCAGCUGUUGGCAGUCAUUGGACCAGUGGGAGCAGGAAAGUCCUCUCUACUGAGCUCGAUCCUGGGAGAGCUUCCUCCUGAAAAGGGGGCGAUGAAGGUCAAAGGUCAGCUGACCUACGCUGCCCAGCAGCCCUGGGUGUUUCCCGGAACCAUCCGCAGCAAUAUCCUAUUUGGGAAGGAGAUGGACCCGCUCAUGUACGAGCGAGUCAUCAGGGCUUGUGCCCUAAAGCGGGAUCUCGAGUUGCUCCCAGAUGGUGACCUAACACUCAUUGGGGAUCGAGGCGCCACACUCAGUGGGGGGCAGAAGGCUCGUGUCAACCUGGCCAGGGCCGUGUAUCAGGAUGCUGAUAUUUACCUCCUGGAUGAUCCUCUAAGUGCUGUGGAUGCUGAAGUUGGAAGGCACCUCUUUGAACAGUGCAUCUGUGGACUGCUGAAGCGUAAACCUCGCAUCCUGGUUACCCACCAACUACAGUACCUGAAGGCAGCAAACCAGAUAGUGGUCCUCAAGGAGGGUCACAUGGUGGCCCAGGGGACAUAUGCGGAGCUACAGCAGUCCGGGGUGGAUUUCACCUCACUGCUGAAGAAGGACGAAGAAGAGGAGGCGCAGCAUUCUCCCAAAGACCUGUCAUCCCGCAAACGGACUUUGUCCCAGAACUCGGUGUGGUCUCAGACCUCCUCCGUGCACUCACUCCAGGAUGGAGAACAUUUGGCGCCUGAGCCGGUCCAGACACUUGUAGAGGAGAGUCGUGCAGAGGGAUCCAUUGGAAUGAAACUGUACAUGAAGUACUUGCGAGCCGGUGCCAGCAUUUUCAUUCUGCUUGUUCUGUUGCUCCUGAACAUUCUAGCUCAGGUGGCAUACAUUGUGCAGGACUGGUGGCUGGCUUACUGGGCUGAUGAACAAGUCAAACUGGAAACCACUGGCCAGAAUGCCACUGGGCAAAAUGUCACUGACAAACUGGAGGCAAAAGAACUGGAUCUUAACUUCUACCUGGGCAUUUACGGAGGAUUGACAGCAGCCACUGUCAUUUUUGGCUUUACGAGGACUUUGCUCAUGUUCAACGUGCUGGUGAGAUGUACACAGGCACUGCACAACAGCAUGUUCACAGCCAUCAUCCGCACCCAUGUGCGCUUCUUUGACGUCAACCCCAUUGGCAGAGUUUUAAACCGGUUUUCCAAGGACAUUGGCCAGCUGGAUUCCAGCAUGCCUUGGACCAUUGUGGACUUCAUUCAGGUCUUUCUACAAAUCCUUGGUGUGAUUGCCGUGGCGGCGGGCGUGAUCCCCUGGAUCCUCGUCCCUGUGUUUCCACUCCUCAUCGUCUUCCUCUUCCUGCGCCGCUACUUCCUUCAGACUUCCAGAGACAUCAAACGACUCGAGUCCACGACUCGGAGUCCAGUUUUCUCGCACCUGUCUUCCUCUCUCCAGGGCCUGUGGACGAUCCGAGCUUUUGGGGCGGAGGGUCGCUUCCAAAAGGCCUUCGAUGCACAUCAAGAUCUGCACUCAGCCGCCUGGUUCCUGUUCCUGACCACGUCUCGCUGGUUUGCCGUACGCCUUGACGGCAUGUGUUCCAUCUUUGUGACAAUCACCACAUUUGGAUGCCUCCUGCUCCGAGACCAGCUGGAUGCCGGCUCUGUGGGUUUGGCGUUGAGCUAUGCGAUCACUCUGAUGGGCAUGUUCCAGUGGGGGGUCCGACAGAGUGCUGAGGUGGAGAACAUGAUGACGUCAGUGGAGAGGGUGGUGGAGUACACUCAACUGGAAAGUGAAGCCCCUUGGUAUACCCAAAAGCGUCCUCCCCCCGAGUGGCCCAGAAAAGGACUCGUGACCUUUGACGGAGUCAGCUUCUCCUACAGCAGUAAUGGUCCCAAAGUUCUGCAUAACUUAAAAGUGACUUUCCUACCCAGGGAGAAGGUGGGCAUUGUUGGUCGAACGGGUGCUGGGAAGAGCUCCUUGGUGUCAACCCUAUUCCGCCUGGCUGAGCCUCAAGGAAACGUCUACAUUGAUGGAGUGUUGACCUCUGAACUAGGCCUCCAUGACGUGCGUCAGAGGAUGUCUAUCAUUCCCCAGGACCCAGUUCUCUUUACAGGCACCAUGAGAAAGAACCUAGACCCUUUCAACCAGCAUACAGACGAGGAACUGUGGAACUCUCUGCAAGAGGUCCAACUGAAGGGCCUAGUGGAAGAGCUUCCUGGAAAACUGGAAACUGUUCUGGCAGAGUCGGGCUCCAACUUCAGCGUGGGCCAAAGACAGCUGGUGUGUCUGGCCAGAGCGAUCCUGAGGAAGAACCGCAUCCUCAUUAUUGAUGAGGCCACUGCCAACGUGGACCCAAGGACUGACGAGUUGAUCCAGAGAACUAUUCGAGAAAAGUUCAAGGAAUGCACUGUGCUCACCAUCGCUCAUCGUCUCAACACCAUCAUCGACAGCGACCGCAUACUGGUCCUAGAUGCAGGCCGAAUCCAUGCCUAUGACGAGCCGUACACGUUGCUCCAGGAACCUACGUCAAUCUUCUAUAAAAUGGUGCAACAGACUGGUAAGCAGGAAGCGGCGGCCCUGCUGGACGCUGCUAAAAAGGCUUAUGACACCAGAAGUCGACCCAAUAUCGGUAAUGGGCUGAUGGAAGGGGACGGAAAUGUAGUCGUCUUUGAGACGGCUCUGUGAGCUGUUCACUACGUUGCUGUACAAACUAUAUGAUAUGCAUGUAUUUAUUUUGCAUACUUGUUGAUUUUUUCACACAUUAAAUUGUUGCCUUAUUUUCAA